AUGGUUGACUUUUGUCGACCAUCAUCAUUGCCAGGCAAUAAUACACUAGGCUCUGGUAAUAGUAAUAAUAAUAAUAAUAAUAAUAAUAACAACGACAAUAAUAAUAAAGAAGGAAAUUCAAAAUAUUUUCCACGAGUAUUUCUUCCCUAUCCACAUCUGAUUGAUCCUGAUAGACAAGAAUCCGUAACAGCAGCAGUAGUAGCAGCAACGGCUGCUGCAGCUGCCGCAUCAUCAUCAUCAUCAAUGGAUCACACACGUCUUGAAGAAGAAAGACGACGUGUUCAAACUAAAGAUAAAAAAGAUCAAAGUGCUAAUGCAUCCGCUGAAGUUAAAACACAUUUAAAAACUUUUUUAUGCCGUAAAUUACAAAAACAAGGCAAAUUAGAAAAUCAAGAUUCAAUGGAUAUGCUUCGACGAUUUCAAUCUGAACCUGUCCUUGCUAAUCCACGUCUUGAAUCAGGAAAUUUUAAAAUCAAAUCAGACUUACGUCAAAGUAUUCUCUAUCGCCAUAAGCAAGUUACUCCUAUGUCAGAUAAACGUCAUCCGAUCCGUUCAACAAAUCUAGCUCAAAAACAGCAACCUGCUGUACCUACAUUUCCGCUAUUAUCAUUUACUUCCCAAUCGGCUCAAAUACCUCUACCUGAACAGUUAUGGCUUGCUUUUCCACGUUCAGUUUAUGGUUGUUAUUCAACAGGUAAUUUGGGUGAAAAUGCUCAACUUAAUCCUUUAACAACGGGAACACAUGAAAAUCAUCAACAUACAAAUAUUCUUGGUCCAAAACAUUUUAUUGUUGAAGAAGAAAAUGAAGCUCUAUUAGCAAAAGAAUUACAAGAAGCUAAAAUUCAAAGUACACAUAAUAGUCUUAGUUCAAUGCAUAGUAGUCAACCACAUUUAUUAAAUUUUGAAACAACUGAUUUUUGUCUUCGACAUCCAAAUUUAUUACUCGAUCGUUUAGCAUUGCAUUCCAAAUCAUUAUCUUCAUUAUCAGCCAUACCAUCAACAACAGAAAAAAAAAUACAAAAAAGUUCUUCUGGUACUAUACAAUUACGUUUUACUACUGGACUUGCCUAUGAUGAUGAUACAUUAAAACAUGAAUGUUAUUGUAAACGUACGGAUCUUCAUCUUGAGAAUCCUCGUCGUCUACUUGUUAUAUAUGAACAUUUAAAAAGAUCAAAUUUACUUGAUGAUUGUGAAAUUAUUCGUGGUUGUUGUGCAACCAUCGAUAUGUUAACUGAUUGUCAUGAUCCUGGUCAUGUUUAUCUAUUUGGUUGUGAUCAAAGACAACGUAGUCAACAAUCACCAGCAAUAUUAGCUGAACGACUUAAAUCUCUAGUACAUUUACCAUGUGGUGGUUUUGGCAUACACGAUGAUGCAGAUACAAUAUGGAAUGAUGAAUAUACAGCACGUGCAUGUCGUUUAGCUAUUGGUAAUACAAUUGAAUUAUCGAAAUAUAUUCUUGAUGGAAAAUUAAAAAAUGGUUUUGCACUUGUACGUCCACCAGGUCAUCAUGCGACCCAAAAACCUCUGGGUUUUUGUUAUUUCAAUACAGUAGCUAUAGCAGCAAAAUAUUUAAAGAAACAUCGAAAUUUAGAACGUAUUGCUAUUGUUGAUUGGGAUAUACAUCAUGGUAAUGGUACACAAGAUUUAACAUAUGAUGAUCCAAAUAUUCUUUAUAUGUCAUUACAUCGUUAUGAUAAUGGAACAUAUUUUCCUGGUGGUGGACGAAUAGAAGAAUGUGGUUGUGAUGAUGGUCUUGGUAAAAAUGUGAAUAUUGCUUUUUCCGGUGAACCGCAAUCAGUUAUGACCGAUGUUGAAUAUUUAGCAGCAUUUCGAAGUGUUGUUAUACCCAUAUUAAAACAAUUUCGACCUGAAAUUAUUCUUGUUUCAUGUGGUUUUGAUGCAUGUACAGGACAUCCUCAUCCACUUGGUGGUUAUGAAUUAACACCGACAUGUUUUGCUUAUAUGACAAAGGAACUAAUGAAUUUAGCUGAUGGAAAAGUUGUUCUUGUUUUAGAAGGUGGUUAUGAAUUAAAUGCAUUAGCUGAAUGUGGAAAACAAUGUAUCGAAGCAUUACUUAAUCGACAAAUACCUACGUUCAGUAAAGAAACUCUUGAAACUAAACCAAAUCAAUAUGCUGUACGUAGUUUAAAACAAGUUAUUCAAGUCCAACGUGAAUUCUGGCCUCUGCUUGAACAAUAUAAACAUUUGAUUUCUAUGUCACAUGCAAAGGCUACUGAAUCAUGA